AUGAAACGACAUUACACUACGUUACACGCGAAAACGUUUCGGCAAUAUUCAGAGAACUCGAGGCAGGCUAUCAUAACGGAAUACAGGAAAAAACUAAAACAACAAACAAGUUUUUUCAAAAAAUCUGACUCUGAUAACAAGUGCAGUAUUGCCGCCUCUUACAAAAUAGAGCUGGAAAUUGCCAAAGCAAAAAAACCUUUUAGUGAUGGAGUGCUUAUCAAAAAGUGUGCAAUAGAAAUGGCGAAACAACUCAAUGAAUUAAAUCUUGCCGAAAAACUUGGAAACAGUCUCAACGACUUCAGUGUAGCAGAGGAGAUGCUUGACCUUAUUCCUCUCCAUGGUACAACCAAGGGUACAGGUAUUUUUGAAGCUGUGAAUAAGUUGCUGUCAGACUACGGGGGAUUUGAUAAAUGUUCCUGUAUUGUCACUGAUGGCGCCAGAGUUCUGACAGAGACUGAAAUUGGAUUUGCAGGACUAUUGAAACAAAACAGCAUCAACUGUCCUAUGAUACAUUGUCUUGUUCACCAAGAGAGCUUAUGUGGAAAAUCUUUACGUCAAAUAAAUGUCAUGAAAGUGGCUGUUAAAAUAACUAAUAUUGUUAGAGGAGGCAAUCGUGCUUUGGCUCACAGAGAGUUUCGUGAUUUUUUGGCCGAAGUGGAUGCUACAUAUGGGGACUUGUUACUUCACACCGAUAAGCCACUAACAAUUUCUGUUGAGAACGUAAGCAGAGCAGACCUUCAACUGGAACUGUGUCAUUUGCAAUCAGAUCCUUUUUACCAAGGAAGAAAUGAAACUGGGUUGGACUUUUUAAGUUACUGCCAGGAGAACGAUACCCCAACUUGCGAAACUUAG